AUGGAUACCACCCACUCGAAGCCCAUUCGGCCGGAAACGGUAUUCUUUCCCACGAUAGCCAACCCCGCUAGGCAUGACGGUGUUUCCACCGUGCCACCUGUCCGUCCGAGCAUAGAAGUGGCUGCCCCGAUCUAUCCCCCGGAGCCUAAGCCAGUGGCCAACCCUUCAACUCCAUGGAAGCCAUUGAAGCGGAAGCGAAUGCGAGCUUCAGAAAUACCAACUUCCACUCUUCAGCCAUUGAACGAAGACCCAUGGGCAACAUAUGUCAAAGGCAUCGAGAAUUUCCCGCGAAAGGGGAUGCUACUGGCCCAGAAUAGGGAGAAUAAAACGGAGUUGGUCCACAUUCAACAGCUCAAAACGGAAUCAGCGUCGACCCGGUCGCUGGUGAAGAUCGUCAACGACCUCUCUUACCGCAGUUUCCCUCAACUCCUGCGCCAUUAUCAACAUGAAGAUCAAACUUUCUUGGUGUGGGAGUCGGUUGAAUGCUCUUUGUCCCAAGUUCUAGGAUCUAGGUAUGCCCUUACCGAAACCGAAAUCGCCUCGAUUGUAUGGCCAAUCCUUGUUGGGAUCAGGUACCUCCGCAAUUUCGAUAGAGCGCUUGCCACACUUACCAACGAUGAGGUCCUGUUUACGGGAUCCGGUGGGGUUAGGAUCGCUGGUGUAGAACGUAGUUGCCGUAUAAAUCCCGAAGAUAUGAAUGCAGCAACGUUGAAGCUGACGGCAUUGUCGGAGAUGGUCAAACGGUUGAUGAAAAAGAACGAGAAAUUCCAUCCUGAUUUUCCAUGGAGCUCAAAAGUUCAAGACCUGUCAUACAAGUUGAACACGGUUGAACUAGACGAAUUGAUGCUGGACGACUUUUUCACCUGUUUGAAAGGCGAGGCGGAACUGACGCUUAUGGUGAACAUCGUAUGCAAGACCUCGCACUUCGAUGUUAACUUUCCGACACGCUUUUGA